AGCUUUCACUUGAGAAAAUGCACCAACUAAGUAUUUUUUAAGGUUUGAAAUUUGCACAAUAAGCUCUCCUUUAAUGAGAUUAGAUUCUGAGACUAUAGACUUUUCAAGUUUUUCCCUAUUUUUUUCAAGUUUGUCACUAUUUUUUUCCAUUGAUGACAUUAUUGCAGUAAGCAUGUCUUGUAAAUUUAACUAUUUGGGUUUUUCAUUCACCAUUGUUUUACUUACAUGUGACUGUGCUUGUUUCUCAUGGUCUGGACUUGAAUCUAAAAUGCUACUGUCUAAAAAUCUCAGUUUAUAUGACAAUAGCAUGUUGCACUCAAAGGAAUCGCAUGAAAGUCUACCUGCAAUCAAUGUAGCAGGUACAGUGGGAAAGUGUCUUUUAGAUUUUUCCAAACAAGAAUUCCACUUUAUCUUGUACUCAGAUGAUGAAGAGAGCUCAUACACUAAAGAAAAUCUUUUCAUAUGGAAUAAAGCUGCAGAAGAUGUAUCUUUAAGAAUUGAUUGUGAGGAAUUUAGUGAAAACUGCCCCUUUUUAUUUGUCAAGAUGAAAGGGAGCAGUAUUACAAGGGAAGGCAAUUCUAUAUACACAACUUUAGAGUACAAUGAAUAUGCUAUGUUUAAACUAGCCUUUGUCCCAGAACUGGCAGGUUACUACAAAAGUGAAGCUGCUGUUUUUAUAACAGACUACUCAUGCAAGGAGCCAUUUUGUUACAUUAGCUAUGAUGGAACAUGGACACCACCAACUAUCCAGCUUGAAACUAGUGAGAUUUUUUUCCCCCCUGUGCCACUUGGUAUACAGUUAUCAGCUAUUGUGGAACUGAAAUUACUUCACCAUAUUGGAGUACCAUACAUAAUAGCAAAAAUCGCACCAGUUCUGGAUGAUAAUGACUGGAAUAUGGCAGAGACCAUUACUGUCGAUUUUGGAGAUAAAGGGAAUGAGGUUGAAAUUGAGAAAGGAGUGGGCUACAUUUGGCCUACUGUAUCAUUUAGAAGUGAAAAACCUGUUUCACUGAAGACAGUCAUAACAUUUCAAGACGAGUUUGAAAUUAGGACUCACCUGUUGGUAGUUGCAAUUGCUGAUAACUGCAUCCUUACAACACAUGCCUUUUUGAAAGGGUACUGCAUUAAUCCUAAUUUCAUUGAAAGUGUUAGUCAAAAAGAUAAUACAAUGAAGAGACUGGAUAUAAAAGCCACUUUCAAAAUAAUUACUGGCUUCAUGACUAAUGAAUUUCUAUUUAUCCACAAAAAUGAGACUUCACAAAGGCUGACACUUACAUUACACAUAGUUUAA